UCUCUCUCGGUCCACCUCGCGUUGCGGGUGUGCUUUCUUCCGUAUUUUCCGAGCGGCGACUUUCCUCGCAUCAAUCUAUCUCUGCAGAGCUCGUUUCUUGCCUGUGGUGUUUUGACGAGGAGGGUGCAGCUCUCCCUCCCCGCGGUGCCCGCGGUUGUCUCCCUUCUCCCGCGAGCGGUGCUUACUGACGUGGUGUUUACGAAUCUCCCUACUCCUCCAGCUUCGUGGGCCACGCUUUCCGCGACGGUGGUUGCCAGGUGCAGUUUGCCGCUUUGCAUUUCUGCCGCGGGAACAUUGUCCAUACACACCUCUCGCCACCACCACCGUCUGUGCAUCCUCACCACCUCGCUGAGCCAGCGCGGCGGUGAGUUGCACCUUGGGACACCACCCGCCUACUAUCUGUUGUGGCCUGGUUCGCCCGCGAGGGACUCACUAGGUCGAUUUCGGCCCCGGCUGGAGAGCAGGCCGAGGGGAAGGCUUUGUAGCCCGCUGUGCGCAGAAAAGCCAAGGUUGGUUGUGGACUUAUUAUUAAACCUUCCAGUGAUCAGGUUCGGGGGUUCGAAUCCCGGCGCGAGCGAGCUUUUCUGGCAAGGGGCCUGGUACGGUCGUCGGCGUCGACUUCUUCGGACCUCUGCCAGUGACUGCCAAGUGCAACUCCUACAUUUUGUUGUUCACAGACCGUUUCAGUCGGAGAGCCGACAUGUUCGCAGUCACAGCGGCGGAAUUUACGGCGAGAGGGACGACUCACAUCUUCGUCAACCAAUAAUUGACCAAGCGGGGAUGUCCGACUACGUUAUUGUCGGACAACGGACUGCAUUUCUGCUCGAAGCUCUCCAUGGCGAUCUACGAGGUGAUGAAGAUCAAGAAGGUCACCACCAGCUCCUACCACCCACAGACCAACGGCGGCACUGAACGCGUCAACCACACGAUGGCCCAGAUGCUUGCGGUGGUCGUCAACGAACAGCAAAACGAUUGGGACAUACAUCUGCCGCACGUUGAGUUUUCCUACAACAAUUCCGUGAAGCAGUCUACUGGAUUAGCGCCAAACGAGAUUCACAUCGGACGCAUCCCGCGACUCCCGCUUUCGGUCUUCGAUCAUCCCACGGUAGGUGGUCAUCAAAGCUUGGCCCGCGAUCAACUAAAGUAUUGCAACCUGGCUGUCGAUCGCCAGCGCCGGGCCUAUGAACUUGUCCGUGAGUACAACGCGCUGAAGAUUUCGCGAGUCGAACGCCGAAAUUCAUCCCUGCUGAACGACAUUGGCAAGCUCCCUCAGCUUACCGUUGGCGCGUGGGCUUGGGUGUACAACACGGCUGCUAAAAUUCGACAGGGCGUGUGGAAGGACACGGACCAACAGGUGCUCAAGGCCAAAUUCGCACUUUUCUGGACGGGGCCCUACAAAGUUCUUGCGGUGGGUCCCACCUCUGCCGACGCCACUCCGGACGGCCGCCCGUUGGCGCAUAAACUCCUCUACCUGGACCUGCCUUCCGAUCUUUCCGGCCCGGCAGCUCGUUGUCGCGUGUCUGUCCUUCGUUGCAAGCCCUGUCGCAAUCCGUACGAGACGGACGACUUGCCGCAAUCUCUGCCCGCCGAGCUUUCGCGUUAUGUUCUGCACUCUUUCGGACAUAAAUGUCCACCUUUCCACGUCACCGCGGAUGAUGUGUCGGUGCCUGUCGGGCGCCUCGAGGUCGACUACAUCUCGGGACAUCAACUGGUGCGGGGCCGUAGCGGCGUUCUCGCUGUCCUGGUAACCGUACAUAUCGAGUGGCUCGGACUCGCGCGGCACAGCGGGAGCUAG